AUGGAUUCACUAAGGCCUCCCCUGAUCAUCGGAUAUACUGAUACUUGUGACUGCUGGCGUCUGGUAGUGCCUAUACUAAAUUUGAAUUUUCCGCUGAAAAUAGCAUAUAACUUAUUCCCCGGACUCAAAUAUUUACAACCCAAAUUUACGCCCAUUGACUACUCAACUUAUUCGCCAAUUGACGUGCCCUUUAUCGAACAGCCCUUUCUCUAUAUCCUGCUUAUCUCACUGCCAGACCUCAAGAUCUACAAGUCAAACACUAGGCCACUUAUCCAGUCAUGGUUGAAAAAAAUGUCUUAUAUUGAAGGGGAAAGGGCUAUAAUGAUAUACUCUGAGAACAAUAAAGACAACACAUCCACCAAGGCCGUUGACAAGGUUAGGCACGAUAUAUCAGUUGCGCAUCAUAAUAAGUGCCACGUUUACACACUGAGCUCCGAUACAUUUAAACACGCAGAUAAAUUCAUUGAUCUGAUUAUCGCAUGUUUAGUGGCACGCAGAGAACAUUUAGAAGAUUCAUACAACAUUAUGUGGAGCCGAAUGAUCCAAACAAGCGCUCCACUCUUUGAUUUUAAACAAAUUUUUAGCACCAGUGAAAAUUUGGCUUCAUUCUACAUGCAAACUUGCGAAUAUGCACAUGCACUUAAAAUUUACGACAGACUGGCUGUCAGCAAAGGUACUGAACUUGAUUUCCCAAAAUUUCUUAACUUAUUUGUUGAUAUAUCACAAACAUGCGAUUUGGAUCAGCCAACAAUAAUUUUGUCAGACAAACUAUAUGCUUGCGUGGAUGAAUUAACCAACCAGCAAAAGAGUUACCUCUACUUUUCUCAGUACCGCCUUGGCAUGGCUCUCCAAUUAUACCGCCUGAUUGGCAGUAGCAACCAAAAUACUAACUGUUUAAAAGAUUGCCUUGAGUUUAUAACCUCCAAUAGGAGGCUGAUGAAUGGCGUUGAACCCGCGGCCAAGGUCCACAGAUGGUUCCUAAAGACCACGUUAGAGCUCGCAAAUAGUUGCAUUACAACAGCCCUCUCAGCUCACUCAUUGUCAACACCAAUAAAUGAUGGUACUGUUACAGGGGAUAAAGGUGAAAAGGUAGAUGUAGAAAAUAGUGGGUUGUUGCAAGAAUACCGAUUACUUGGGAUGCUGUAUUCACAUGCUUACUUCUUGUCCAAAUUGGAAUCCGAUGAGGUUACCAUCGGUAGCUUGCGCGACACGGCCAUAAAUUAUUUCGAGAUGGGGGGGUACCACAGAUUCUCCAAGGCACUAUCGUUAUUAGAUGACGCCAGUGGGUGUGAAACGGGUAAAUGGGUCAGUGCCUGGGAUCUUCCAUAUCCGCCGUUUAUUUGUUUGGACGUUUCUUUUGGAGUGGCAGAGUUGUCGAAUAUGCCAUUUCCCACGCAAAUAUAUAACACUUUUAACAAUACAGCAGUGCCCUUACAAUUUUUUUGCCCCUUGAUCACAGCUAAAUCAGUGCAGCCAAUGCCACUCACAGUUGAACUUACAUUUUUAUCGGUUACAAAAGGGGAUGUGCUAAUUAAAUCCAACGUUCUUGUACCAGUCGGGGGCAGUGAAACAGAUAAAUUUAGGCUAAAAGAAUCGCUUAUUCUACCAGAAGGAAUGUGGCUGCUCAAGUUUGUGGCCCAUUAUGGCAAAAUUUUGUAUCCCCGUGAUAUUGCCUCAACAACCCUAUCCGAUAUGAGAUGUUUUGACAAUUUAUCCCUGUGUUCGUUUAAAUGUAUAAUUAAAGUCACUUGCCCAUUGUCACUAAAAAUGUACUCGGAUAAAGUGAUAGAGACGCUUGACUGUGCUCAAUGGGUUUGUGGCCACGACAACUACAUAGAAUUCACUUCUAUCGUAGACCCAUUCGAGCUAAUUUCCCCUAUCCCACUAGUCCUAAUUGACCCCUCAAAUGGCAAUGCAAUUGGCGAUUCUGAGUCAUAUACCUAUAGAUUCAACGCUGGCAGCUACAAGUUUCUGGUCGAUUGCCAUAUCGCAGAGAGAUUCGUUGGCCAUGUCGUUAUGAAGAGUUGUGACAAUUCCACGAUGAUUAAAACAAAAAUCGCUGUAUUCCCGCUAUUCGAAAUAAAUGUGCAUUAUAUGUCAGAACUCUUUCUCCAGCUUGAGAUUACAGCACUCAAGUCCAUCAACAUGCAGUUGCAAAUUGGUGCUCCAGGCACCGAGGGAUUGAAUGGGCCAGACGGUAAAGGCAGCCCAGAAAUAAGAUCAUUCCCACCCUUGAUUCCCCUCAUCCCUUUUUAUGUAAUACUUGACGGUGCGACAAAACAAUGUGAACAUACGCUAAUUAUGAAUUACGAGAAUAAGACCUACAAAUUCAGGGUCGACAAUUUGCUGGGCAAACAAAAUCAGAAUCAACGCAAACUGGGCGUUAGAAUCAGCGCCAGUGAUGAUGUGGGUACCGGUGAACCGUUUGCGGUGAGUUUGUAUGGAUCGGAAAGUGAGGCUGUUGCUUGUGAGUUUGAGGAUAGUGACGAUUUCAUUCUGUGCGGAUGGAAUAGAAAGGUUUUUCUGCAGGAAGAGUCAAAGUUAUUGCACGUACAGGUGCAUCUGAUCCCUGUUGGCCCUCAUGGGUCCAGUGUGCUUCCUCCCCUUAAGGUGACUAGCUACCCCAGCGACAAGUUGCUAGGGGUGUUGCAAAAGCAUGUGUACGUUGCACCCUCAAAAAUUGCGACCUUUAAAGUCACUGAGUUGCCUUAA